GUUGAUCCUUCAAGCAGUGGCCGACUGCGACUUUGCACCAGCUCGACGUCCUCUGGCCAUACGAUGAGGACGAAGUCAUGGCUGCAGAUCAUAAUGGCAGGCCGGCUGCCGCUGCCGCUCCUAACGCACCGCCUCCUUCUACGCUCGCUGCACAAUUAGUCGAGAAUAUUUCGGCUUCGACCAAGUCCACGCGAUCCGAUGAAAACGCCGAGCUGAAGAAGCUGUUUGCCGUAAUCGAGAAGGUCAAAAACAAGCCUGAACUGUUAGAGACUGCCGAGCAGAGGACGGAUCACAAUCAUAUGCUCAUCUACGUAUACGCCCGCGUUGUCCUCGAAGGAAUCAAGCUCGACGAUCCGUUUGCCGACCGAAACCACAUGCGAAACGAGGCGCUCAAGGCCAUAAACUUCUUGAAGGUCACAAUCGAGGAGACACCGAAUGUCUUGAACCAUACCACAGAUGGGAAACAAUUCGUUUUCCGCGGGGAGGAGCCUCUUUGGAUUUGGGUCUUCCCAAAGAUCCUUCGGUUACUUGGCCACUCUCGCUGCCUUGAGCUGAUGGGAGACUUUGAGGGGUUCUUCCAAUUUGUGAUCCUCGUGGUUAUCCGUACGGGAUCUAUGUGGAAGCUUCUCCCUUCCAUGUUACUAUACUUGCGCGAGACCAGUAGGGCUCUUAUAAAUCACUUGCAAAAUAUGGCACCAAGUUCAACUGGAAAAGACGCUUCUGUAAACAUGACAUUGCCUUCGGAUGGUACACUGGAGCUCUUGUUAGGAAAGCCUGGCACCCUCUUUGUCCAACAGACCACAUAUACCGUCCAACAUGUCUCUCAGUGCAUACAUCAAGCAACGACGUUGACCUCGGCCUUGGCGCACCCCUCAAUCUUCAAAACUCCGAGUCUCGUGUCAAGACCAACAUUGUCUCAGCUGGCCCCGUGGCUGCUUGAUUCUUUGCUUUCCCUUCGUGCUGUACAGAACGCAUGGCAGGCGAUUGUGCCAAGGCCUCGCGCCGACUUGCUCAAAACUGCUCUGAAUUUGCUUCCUUAUAAGCCACGUCCUGGCAAGAAAUCUUUCGACUCAAAGAAGCCAUACGCUGUGCUAGCAGUACUCUGCGCUGAGCUCGCAGCACAUCCUGAAGAGAUACAGGGAACAAAUGAGUCGUGUGUGGCAGCGAGGAAGACGGUCUCACUGGCGCUUAUCCGGUUGGCGCAUGCGUCGCUCGUAGAUCGAGAAAUCGGCAGACUAGCAGCACCGAAGAUUGUCUGUCCUUUGGAGUACGAGAUCCCUUCACUCGCGACAAUCAGCGAUGCCCACGACUUCAUACUUUCCAUUCAAGUUCUGAAGCAAACGUCCGGUUCUAUCGCCCCGAAAGCCCUCGACUCUGAAACUCAACCCGCUUCUUUUGUCGACGCCGACUUGCGUCAGGCAGUGGAAGAGCUUGGUUUAGAAAAUCGGGCCACUGAGGAUGCAGAACCCGCUUCAAAGCGUCUCAAGGUGUCCUCAGAGGCUCCUGAACUCCGAGCGUUGAUCAAGCGUAUCUACGAAGUCUGCCAAGUGGACGAGGCUGAGGAAACCGGAGGGCUGGAGCAUAAUUUCCUGAACAAGUACAACGACCUCAGCGAAAACAACCAGUGUCGAGCUAUCGACCUGGUAGCCCGCCUAUGUUGUGCAGUGGACUUGGCAACAGUUGUUGACGGCGCUGCAAGCAUAGGGAAUCGUAACAGCAUGGGAUGCACAAUCUGCGAUGAUAAAUAUAGAGGCUCUCGAAGCCUUGACGUGACAACAGCCGCAGAAAAAAGGGAGGCGCAAUCCAUCUUUACGAAGCUCAUUCAUCUACCGAACUUCAAGGAGUCAAAGCGCCCAAGGAUUGUCGCGAUGAUCUCUGCUAGACGUAUUAUCAACCACGCCGACAUUACAGAACUCAUUGACCUCGAAACAUCUCCCCUGGGCCAAUGGUGUUUGCAAAGUUUGCAUAGCUCCAUCAGAGAGCUCAGAAUUGCUUCUGGACGUGCUCUUCCUCUGUUCCUGAGAGACAACAACCUAGAGUCGCUUGACCCAACUCUGAUUAUUCGCAACCGAAAGAAUGCACUUAGUCUGCUCAAAGCUGCUUCCGAGAAAGAUGCAGCCAUAUUCCAUGAAAGCGGUAUCCUGGCCUGGGGCCAACUUGGACGGGUCGUGACUGGAGACGAACUCAAUCUUGUUCUACACAAGUUGCUUGAGUACCUCGGUAGUAUCAACAGUCUGAUUGCAUCAUGUGCCUUCAACGAGAUUCUCAACCUAGCAUCUGCCCUGAACACAACACCGCGUCGUCUGUUUGAACCUUUUUGGAGGAACCUUGCAUACUUCGCUGUUAAGGACAUGCAGGCUCGGCCGCAAAUUUGCCGCGCCAUUGCCGACCUAUUGCAGAUAUCCGUCACUGAAUUUCUGCUGCUUAUCCAGACCCAUGCGUUACCUUGGCUGGUAUUAAUGAAAAAGAAGGAGGUGGUCCAGAAAAUCGCCGAAGCGCGAGGAGAAAGGGACAUAUGGGUCCCUAUCCUGGACCCGGCCAAUGCUGGCUCAAUCAUUGCGCUUUUGCUUGUUCAGGAUGUUGGCAAUAUCGAAAAGUUUGUCAUGUCUAGGCUCGUUGAGGUGUCCUCUCACCUAGAGACAUUUACUUUGGUUGAGCUUGUGCAAUCCGAAGUCUGUUCGGUCGCUCUAGAGCUUUUCAAGGCUGCCGGCGAGGCGGAUGAAGCACGAAAACCCCGAAUAAUUGAGGCAUUGGCAUCCUUCUGUUCAAUGAUGAUGAUCGCAAACAAAGAGUCAAAACCAAAGAAGGGAAACACGAUUGGGAGAUAUCUACAAUCGUAUAUUCUUGGUCUCAUGGCUCGCCUUGCGGAUGUAAUCAAUGACAUGCCACUUGUGUUUCCCCCAGCCGAAGAACAGAGACGCUGCAUACGGGCCUUGGAGGAGAUGAUCAGACAUUGCAAAGUCUAUGUUCGAAUUGCACGCCCACAAAUCGCCGCAUGUCUUCUGUCAUCCCUCGCUCAGGAUGAUCUCAGAGAAGCCGCUUUUUCUUGCUGGGCGGCUCUGCUUACAUGUCUCGAGCCUGAAGACGUCGAGGUCUUGAUCGAGACUACAUUCUUCGUCAUCAGCCACUACUGGCCGCUCUUUAGUGAAUCCUCUCGACAAAUGGCUAAGACUUUGAUCAGGAAGUUGAUCACGGAAUUCAGUGACAGCCUCAAUGACUACAUCACCAAGCUACCUUCUUUGGGUCACAUCACAGAAUUGGCAGAUGUCGAAGCGGAGCUCAACGCGGCGCGUCCAGUCCUGGACAGCAGGACGGCAUUUGCCCUCUUUGCCGAGCGCACGUCUCACGAGAAUUCGGGUGUCGUAUUACUGGCACUGACCGAACUUGAGGUCUACCUCAGACAGAGUGGAGGUUUCCUCCAGACUUCAGCCAUCAGCCAACAGCCUGACCCGGUCGUACCUAUGUUGAUACGAGCCUUGCUAGACUGUGCAGCAAAGUAUAGUGCUAUGCACCAGCUUGAAAUUGCCAGUCUUUGUACUCAAUGCAUUGGUCUGGUGGGCUGCCUCGAUUCUAAUAGAGUGGAAGCGCCACGAGAGCAGCAGUCGAUGGUCAUUUUGAGCAACUUUGAGAGUGCAGACGAGACGACAGACUUCGUGUUGUUCAUCUUGGGACAGAUCCUCGUCAAGGCUUUCUUGUCCACUACAGACACCAAACUCCAAGGUUUCCUUUCCUUCGCCAUGCAAGAACUGCUCGACCGGGUAGAUAUCAAGGCUGCACUGGCUAUGAAAGGAACUGGAAUGCGGGAUGGUGGUGUCAUCUACAGAAAAUGGCUCACACUAUCGGAGAGUGACCGCAAUGUCUUGACACCCUUCCUUACCUCCAGAUAUCUUUUGACACCUAUGAACGUGGUUCCGGUCGAGUAUCCUAUCUUCCGCCCGGGAAAGCCCUACGGAAACUGGAUGCGUUCAUUUAGCAUGGAUCUCUUGGGCAAGGGGCAAAAUGGGCACGCGGAUCUCAUCUUCGAACCAUUGUGUCGCACUAUCAAGGUCAAGGACUUGGCCGUUGCUGAGUUUCUGCUGCCAUACCUUGUGCUUCAUGUCAUUGUUGGUCACCGGAGCACGCGAAAGGAUCGUGACAAUGUCAUUGGAGAGCUCGUUGGCAUUCUUCAGCACCAGCCCGCUGAGGACGCGCCUUAUUCGGAACGAGAAGAUAUGAAGCUGUACUGCGAGGCGGUCUUCAGAGCGCUCGACUACGCGAGUAGAUGGCUCCAAGAGAAGGACGCAAGACGCAAGAAUGACGAUGAUCUGCCCGCGAUAGGACGUGUUCAGGAAUUGCUCAACACCAUCCCGCCAGUGCUCAUCUCUCAACGUGCGAUGGAUUGUAGAGAGUACCCGCGAGCGCUCUUCCACCUCGAGCAGCAUGCCCAGCAAAUAGAGGUUGAGAACAGCGACCCAAGGCAGAAAACUUUACUACUUGAGCAGCUGCAGGAUAUCUAUACCCAGAUUGACGAACCUGACGGGCUGGAAGGAAUUUCCGCUCAUCUGCACGUCUUGGAUAUCAAUCAGCAGAUUCUCAGUCACAAGAAGGCAGGUAGAUAUACUGCAGCUCAGACUUGGUACGAAAUCAAGUUGGCAGAAGAGCCUGAUAAUAUUGACGUGCAAAUUGAUUUGCUCAAUUGUCUAAAGCAGUCCGGCCAACACGAUGUUUUGCUCAAUUAUGUCGAAGGCAUGCGAACAGAGCCUUCAACAGAAAACAAGAUUGUUCCAUACGCAGUUGAAGCAGCAUGGGCUACGAGGAGAUGGGAUACUCUGAACAAGUAUACUGCUCGAUUCCAUGGCAGUCCUCUGGAGGACUUCAACGUCGGCAUCGCCAAGCUAUUUAACGCUCUACAGAGAAGGGGCGCCGGCAGCGAUUCAUUCGCCGAAAUGUUGCAGAGUAUGAGAGAGAAGAUCGCCUCCGCCAUGACACACGGGGCAACAUCAUCUUUGCAGGCCUGCCAUGACCUACGACUUAGGUGCCAUGUCCUUACUGACCUCGAGAUCAUUGCUGGAACUCAAGCUUCGGAGGGCGACGCACACCAGGAGGUCCUAACGAUGCUCAACCGUCGCCUUGAGGUUCUUGGGGCGUACGUGGGCGAUAAGCAGUACUUGUUGGGUAUUCGCAGAGCAGCCAUGGAGCUUUCACGGCCCAAGUUUUCCGAUCUCGACAUAUCUUCGCUGUGGCUCUCAAGCGCUCGGUUGGCGAGAAAAGCCAACUCAACUCAUCAGUCGUUCAAUGCCGUACUACAUGCUUCCCAACUUGGCGACGGAGCUGCGGUCAUUGAGAAUGCUCGGCUUCUGUGGAAAGAUGGCCACACGCGCAAGGCCAUCCAAGUUUUACAGGGAGCCAUUGAAUCGAAUAACUUCAUGACGCAGACCAACAGUUCCUCUUCCAUCCGUGGCAUGGAUGCUCAGCAAAGGCAAUUGACGGCCAGAGCUCAAUUGAUGCUUGCCAAAUGGCUAGACGCUGCCGGUCAGACCAACCAUCUGACACUGCGUGAGAAAUAUCAACAGCCCCCUCUCACAGCUAGCGCCUGGGAGAAGGGCCACUACUACCUGGGGCGAUACUACAAGAAAGUACUGGAAUCCGAGAAGACACUCAAGGCAGACGAUCAAACCGACCCCUGCAUUCAAGGCGAAUACACCAGACUCGUCGUUGAAAAUUACCUUCGGUCUCUAAACUACGGCACCAAAUAUCUCUACCAGACCAUGCCGAGAAUUCUUACACUGUGGCUUGAGUUCGGAGCGCAGGUUGACAAGGCCCCCGAAGGCAAAGUUUCACUGUCUCGUGAGCUCCAUAGGAGGCGGACGGAUCAGUUGAACCUCCUUCACCGGUUCCUCGACAAGUCUAUAGCCCGACUACCAGCAUACAUAUUCUACACGGCACUUCCACAAGUUGUCGCAAGAAUCGCUCAUCAAAACAAGGAUGUCUAUGAACGUCUGACGCAUAUAGUCAUCAAGGUUGUGCAAUCCCACCCUCGGCAGGCUCUUUGGAGUCUGUUUGGAAUCAUGACAACGAGACAAACCUCAGAACGUCGGGUAAGGGGUCAACAGAUCUUGCAGGCCUUAAAGGGAGUCACCAAGAAAGUUGACGGGAGCAACUAUGAACUCAGGCAGCUCUUGAGGAUGGGUGAGAAGCUCGCAGAGCAACUCCUAUUGGCUUGUAAUAACGGCGAUUUCCAAAGUAACAGGACGACUGUUGCGAGCAUCACGCGCGAUCUAAACUUCAACCACAAGUGCACCCCUUGCCCUCUGGUGGUGCCCAUCGAGUCGUGUCUGACGGCUGCCUUGCCGACACUGACUGACAAUGUCAAAACCCACAAGGCGUUCUCGCGAGACGUCAUUACCAUCGACUCCUUCCUGGAUGAGGUACUGGUUCUGGGAUCUUUGGCCAAGCCGCGUCGACUGACUGCACGCGGAACGGACGGAAAGAGCUACAUGCUUAUGAUUAAACCCAAGGAUGAUCUACGCACCGACCAGCGUCUGAUGGAGUUCAACAGCAUGAUCAACAGGUCGCUGAAGCGAGAUCCUGAGGCUAGCAGACGCCAGUUGUACAUCAAAACGUAUGCCGUCGUGCCUCUGAACGAGGAAUGCGGAAUCAUCGAAUGGGUUGAUGGGUUGAAGACACUGCGCGAGAUUCUUCUGGAUCAGUAUAAAUCCCGCCAGGUACACCCCGACUACAACCAGAUCAAGCGGAUGAUGGCUGAGGCGGUGACGGGACCGAACAACAUCAAGAUGUUCACGGAAGGCGUUUUGGGCACGUUCCCGCCCGUGCUGCAGCACUGGUUCGUCCAGCGUUUCCCUCACCCUUCGACUUGGUUCUCUGCGCGGCUCAAAUACACCCGGUCCUGCGCCGUCAUGUCGAUGGUGGGUACAAUCCUGGGACUCGGCGACCGACACGGUGAGAACGUGCUGCUGGAACGCGACAAUGGCGGCAUCUUCCAUGUGGACUUCAACUGCCUCUUCGACAAGGGCUUAACGUUUGCGCAGCCAGAGAAGGUGCCGUUCCGCCUCACGCACAACAUGGUGGCGGCGAUGGGUAUCUACGGAUACGAGGGUCCCUUCCGGCACUGCAGCGAGCUGACUCUGGGGAUUUUGCGGCAGCAGGAGGAGACGCUAAUGACUAUUCUCGAGGCGUUUAUUUACGAUCCUACAUUAGAUCUGCAAAAGGAGAAGAAGACGAGCCGUCGGCAGGACGGAGCGCCCAGGAUGCAGCCGCAGCUUGUUGUUGACAGCAUCAAGCGCAAAGUUAAGGGGCUAAUGGGACAGGACACGAUCCCGCUGGGUGUGGAGGGCCAGGUAGAGGAAUUGAUCAAGCAGGCUGCUGAUCCGAGAAACCUGGCGGCCAUGUAUAUCGGAUGGUGCCCAUUCUUGUGAGUUUGGGUCUUUGGGGAAAUGUGUAUGAGAGGGUAUCAUUACGGGCUAGAAUUGGCGUCGAUGGAUGCUCAGAGGCAUGACUAUGGAGGUUUGGGCGGACAUUGGUGUUGGUGG